AUGCAGCGUCGCGCCCUCUCCCGUUCCGUUUGCCUCGUCCGCCCGCGCCAGGCCACGAUAAGCCUGGGCGUUCGCAACUUGAACAUCAACACCAAUGCCGCCAGCGCCAGCCCCGUCAGCACGCUCAACACGCUCAUCGAGACCACCAAGGACAGCAAGGAGGGCUUCAAGACGGCGGCCGACCAUGUCAAGGACGCCAACAUUAAGAAGAACUUCCAGGAGUAUGCCCAGCAGAGGGAGCAGUUCAGCAAGGAGCUGCAGGACCAGGUCAAGAAGCUCGGUGGCACCCCCGAGACCUCGGGAUCGACGCUUGGCGCUAUUCACAGGGGGUGGGUCAACCUCAAGUCGGCCCUCACCGUGAGCGACAAGGCGAUCGUGUCGGAGGUGGUGAACGGCGAGACUGUGGCUGAGAAGUACUUUGUCGAUGCGUCCAAGGACCAGUCGCUCCCCCAGGAGGCGCUGGGUCUGGUGCAGAAGCAGCACGCCAAGGUACAGGAGUCGCUCAACUAUGCCAAGGACCUCUACAACAAGCUUUGA